UCCUUUCCUUCUUUGUUUCUCUCACGCGGCAAUGGGGUCAAAGCCAUCCACCUCAUUUUGUCAUUCCUCUGCCUGCUACCUCUUCUCUUCACGACUACUUAUAUAAAAAUUCACUAAUUGAUUGAACCAUUCGUCCCUCGUAUACUUAUUCCAUUUAUUCUUCUUUGCACUUUUCUCUUAUGUCACGGCAAUAAAUUGCCUGCAGCAUUUAUUGUGUUCGAUUAUUAAUUUCGACAAAAUAGCUCAUCUUUUUUGUUGGUUUUAUUAUUAUUUCUCUCUUAUAAGUACUUUAUAAGGCAAUCUUAAGGAAGAAGUUUGAGGUUUUUUUUUAAAGACGGCGAAACAGAAAAGAUGGCUGGUGGUGGAGGUGGAAGAUCGUUGGAGCAAACGCCGACGUGGGCAGUUGCCGCAGUUUGUUUUGUGUUAGUUGCAAUUUCCAUUGUCAUAGAACACAUCAUCCAUCUAAUUGGAAAGUGGUUCAAGUCUAAAAAUAAAAGAGCCUUGUUUGAAGCACUUGAAAAGAUCAAAGCAGAGCUAAUGCUGCUGGGAUUCAUAUCAUUGCUGCUAACAGUAGGACAAAGUCCAAUUUCCAACAUAUGUGUAUCUGAGAAAAUUGGAAAUUCAUGGCAUCCAUGUAGCAAGCAGAAAGAAGAAGACAUAAUGAAGGGUGAAGACAUUAAUUCAGAAGACUCAUCUGAGCAACACCGCCGGAGACUUCUUAUGGCUGCUGCCGCCGCCGGCGUUCCGCGAAUUUUGGCUGGUGGUGGAGAGGACAAAUGCGCAGCCAAGGGAAAAGUACCAUUUGUGUCUGCCGAUGGUAUUCAUCAACUACACAUUUUCAUCUUUGUGCUGGCUGUUUUUCACGUUCUCUAUUGUAUUCUCACUUUGGCUUUGGGAAAUGCUAAGAUGAGAAGUUGGAAGUCAUGGGAAAACGAAACUAAAACAGCUGAAUACCAAUUUACUCACGAUCCUGAGAGGUUUCGGUUUACAAGAGAGACAUCAUUUGGGAGAAGGCACUUGAGUUUUUGGACCAAAAAUCCUGUCCUACUUUGGAUUAUUUGUUUCUUCAGACAAUUCGUAAGAUCUGUCCCAAAAGUUGAUUACUUAACCCUAAGGCAUGGAUUUAUCACGGCGCAUUUAGCACCUCAGAGCCACCACAAAUUCGAUUUCCGGAAGUACAUCAAACGAUCACUCGAAGAAGAUUUCAAAGUGGUCGUAGGGAUCAGUCCCCCAAUAUGGUUUCUCGCUGUGCUGUUCCUACUCUUCAAUACUCAUGGCUGGUACUCUUAUCUCUGGCUACCAUUCAUCCCCUUAAUUGUCAUAUUAUUAGUAGGGACCAAGCUACAAGUGAUUAUAACAAAGAUGGGACUAAGGAUUCAUGAAAGAGGAGAAGUAGUGAAAGGAGUCCCUGUCGUUCAGCCUGGGGAUCACCUUUUUUGGUUCAACCGUCCUCGUCUCAUUCUUUAUCUGAUUAAUUUUGUCCUCUUUCAGAAUGCUUUUCAACUGGCCUUCUUUGCUUGGACAUGGUAUGAGUUCGGGCUGAAAUCUUGUUAUCACGACCAUACUGAGGAUAUCGUCAUCAGAAUAUCUAUGGGGGUUCUCAUUCAGAUUCUCUGCAGUUAUGUCACCCUUCCUCUUUAUGCCCUCGUGACACAGAUGGGUUCAAACAUGAAACCAACCAUAUUCAAUGAGAAAGUAGCAACAGCAUUGAAGAACUGGCACCACACAGCAAAGAAACACAUUAAGGAUCAAAGCAAGCAUUCAAAUACAGUGACACCAAUGUCAAGCAGGCCAGGAACACCCUCUCAUGGAAUGUCACCCGUCCAUUUGUUGCGCGGUCAUUACAUGAGCGAUAUGGGCAGCCUACAGAACUCGCCCCGCAGAUCCAACUAUGAUCACUGGGACAACGAGGGCGGCUCCCCAUCACCCUCCCGGUUUUACCAGGAGGGUGAUGGCUCAUCGUCGUCCUACAUGCACCAGAUUCAACUUGCUCACUUGGAACAUGACUCGCCAGAAGUUAUUGGGCCUAGCUCGUCACAAGUGGUUCCCCUGCCACAAGAGGAUCGCGACCAACAUGAGAUCACCAUUGCUGGAUCAAGAGAAUUUUCGUUUGAGAAAAGAACGACAAGUUUAUAGAAUUAACAAAAUCUUGUACAGGGACUAAGUGAAAGAAUUUUUCCUAGCGCAUUGCAAAAAGAAGUCUGUUUAGACUGGCACAAGAAUCAGAAAGAUGGGGUAGAUAACAGACGGCCUCGCGAUUUUUUUUAAUUAAUUAUUACUUGAUUUCAGAGAUGAAGGUUGUAAAUUAGAUCCUGAUUGCAGUAUUGCACAGUGUAAAUCUCUGUAAUUAAGAGAUCGAGAAUUUGAUCGGAGUUCUUCUACAAAAAUACAAGUAAAACAUUUGAUCAUCUUCGUUCUGUUU